AUGGGGAAUCUCAGCUCCCCCGUGGCCAGAGUGCUGCUGCUGCUGGGUCUGGCUCAAGGUGCUCAGGAGAGUCAGAAGCAGACAGUCUGUGGCAAGCGUUUGGUCUCCGGACGCAUCCUCAACGGUCAAGAUGCCCCGGAUGGGGCCUGGCCCUGGCAGGUCAGCGUGCGGAGACACGGCUUCCACAUCUGCGGCGGUGCGCUCGUCUCCGAGAGCUGGGUGGUGUCUGCAGCUCAUUGCUUCGCUCCGUCUGUAGCCACUUCUGCGUAUCGGGUGCACCUGGGGGAAAACCAGAGUGUCCCUGAGACCCCCACCCAGGCAUCGUUAUCGGUGAAGCGGAUUGUCCCCCAUCCCGAUUAUAAUGGCGUCUCGUUCUUUGCUGACAUCGCCUUGCUGGAGCUGGAGAAUCCGCUUGCGUUCACAGCAGCCGUCCACCCCAUUUGCCUGCUUGAUGCCGCCGUCCGUGUGCCUGCCGGGCAGCCCUGCUGGGUGACUGGCUGGGGGAACAUUCGCCCACAAGAAACCCCUUCCACGCCGGAGAGGCUGCAGCAGCUGGGGAAGCCGGCAGGGGACAACCCGGUCAAAGAGGACAUGCUGUGUGCCGGGAGCAUGGCAGGCGACAAGGGGACGGCGCCGGGGGACUCCGGGGGACCCCUGGUGUGUGAAGAGGGCGGGACCUGGUACCUUGCUGGCAUUGUCAGCUGGCUGCUGAAGACAACAGUGAACGGAAUAGCCAGUGUUGCCCCCGGUUACCCCGGGGUGUACAACCGCCCCAAUGCCCACGCCGAGUGGAUACAGGGGAACGUGCCGGGUGUGACGUUCCUGGAGGUGAACUUCACUCCGAACACAGCCAGCCCCGCGACCACAGUCCUGCCAAGGGGGACCACCGUCUUGUGGAGCGGUGCCUGUCCCGCUGCCAGUCUGCCCGGGGUCCUGCUCCUCGCUGGGCUUCUGCCUCUCGCCCUCUGACCCCUCCUAGACUGGGCCCCCCGCCCACACGGACAGGGAGAACGGGCAGAGGCAACGCUCACACUGACGAGCGGGCAGGAGACCGCCUGGCGGCUCCCCCCAACAGCAGAGAGAUGCGUGCUCUGGGUUUUGCUUUUCAGAAGCAGCCAUUGAAGAGAUGUGCUGGGCUAACAAGGGGGGAUGGGACAGAGUGAUCUGUCCACACUAGGGGUGUGAAAGUGUAAUUGUGUUAAAACAGUGAACACACUAGGGGGUGCGAAUGUGUGAUCGUGUAAAAACUGUGAACACACUAGGGGUGCGAAAGUGUAAUUGUGUUAAAACGGUGAACACACAUGGGGUGCACAAGUGUAAUUGUGUAAAAAUGGUGAAUACACUAGGGUGUGAAAGUGUAACCGUGUAAAUGGUGAACACACCAUGGUGUGAACGUGUAAUAAUGGUGAACACACUAGGAUGUGGAAGUGUAA